GCACUUUAAAAUUUGAAGUUAGAUGGUCAAAAGAAACUUUUUGAAUGUCUCGAUUGUUUAAAUUUCAUAUAUCUAUCUAUACAUGGGUGUACUUUCUAUCUGAAUUAACAAUGAAAGUUUAUUAAAACAUACUUAGGAAUUUCAAUGGAAUGAUAGUUCAACUAUCAUUUAGUAAUAAUUCAGGUAAAAUAUUAGCACACAUAAUCAGAUAUAUAAUUCAUAAAUAAAGUUACUUUAGGUCCGUCUUUGACUUUUUACUUUGAUAGUAAUUAAACAAGUAUCAAUCAUACAAUAAUCUAAAGUAUAUAUGACUAGAAUACAUGAUUUCUAUUUACAAUAAAAAACAAUUAUAAUUGAUCCCCUAGAAAACAGGGAUAAAAUGGAUAUUUCAUAAGUAAGUGAAUAAGCUUUCCCAAAUGCUUGAAACAGCCAAAUGAUUUGAACAUUCCCAGGAUACCACUGUUCUAAAACCACUUGCGGGCGCCCCCUAUAACUCCCCUCGCCCCCUCCCCCCCCCUCACAUGGAAACUCAACUCCUUCAUCAUCAUUCUCCAUAUAUAAGCUCUUUCCCCGUUACAACUCCCAAAAACCAGAACUACUCUUUCAUUAACAAAUUUGGUCCUUAAAAAAAAAAGUGAUAUUAAGCUAUGCGUUUAAGCUGCAAUGGUUGCCGGGUACUCCGGAAAGGUUGCAAUGAAAAAUGCUCCAUUAAACCUUGUCUUCAGUGGAUACAAUCCCCCGAAGCUCAAUCCAACGCCACCCUCUUCCUUGCUAAAUUUUAUGGCCGGGCUGGUCUCCUCAAUCUCAUCAACUCUGGUCCUGAUCAUUUGCGUCCUGCUAUUUUCAGAUCCUUGUUGUACGAAGCAUGUGGGCGUAUCGUAAAUCCAAUUUAUGGUUCAACUGGUUUGUUAACUUCCGGUAACUGGCAACUCUGUCAAGCUGCUGUUGAAGCCGUUCUAAACGGCGCGCCGAUUGUUAAGCUCUCAGCUGCUGAUGCUACGAGUCCGUCUCUUAAAGCUUGUGACAUUCGCCACGUGUCCAAGGAAAAUAACUCGGGUUCGGAACUGCACAAGGUUAGGACCCGAACCCGGUUCAAGCGGGUAGCGGGUAAGCCGGAGCUGAAGAAACAGUCGCCGGAGGUUGACGAUGCAGCUAGGGUUAUGUGGAGUUGGUGUCACAAGGAGGAUGACGUCAUCGGCGUCGGGUCACCGAGCCGUAAUUCGGGUCUGAGCCAACAGCGGACGGAGGAGCCGAGCCGAGAAGGAGAAAGCGGCGACGUUGAUAGUGGCUCGGUGGAGACUGUAGAAGCCGAGCUGGUGAAGCUGGAUGAGAGUGAUGUUGGGUUGGAGCUAACGCUGGGGUUACUGCCGUUGAUGAGAAGUUGAUGGAGAAAAUGGACGGCCUUGAUGAGGCCACGUGUACAAUAGAGGUGUUGAUUAGCUAGAGCUUAUUUGGUGGGCUUUUAAAUUAAGAUUUUAGAUAAUCAAUCCUGUGGGAAGGAAGCCCCCAGUUUUUGGAAGGUGGUUUUUAUUUUAUUUGAGUUUGUUUAUUCGUAUUUAGGUUUAUUAUAUUUCAUUUUCUUUUAAUUCUCUUUUUAAGGGAAAGAGCUGAUGUGGAAUGUGAAUGUUACUUAAGUAGUAGAUAUAGAGAGAUGAAUAUACAAACCAAGUUUUAACUA